AUGGCGAUGGCAUUGGAUGCUUUAGCAUCAUACCUCCAAGACAUGCUGUUGGAGAUGGCUAAAGAGGAGGUUCAUCUACUAUUGGGUGUCCCCAAUGAGAUAAAAAAAGAUGGGCAUCAAGCUCGGGGACCUCAAGAGGUGGUCGGAAAUAAAAAGAAUGAUGAACCAAAGGUUGAUGCACUGAAGGGCAUUGGAAUGUUGAUUGUAGCAAAAUGUGAUGGAUUUGUUCAUGGAAACUCGCAUGAUGUAGAAGUAUCAGGAAAGGAGUACUAUGACCAGUUAAUUGCUAGGAACCUUCUAGAGCCAAAUCCAAGGUACUUGGACCAGGAAGUAUGCAAUAUGCAUGACGUUGUUCGCUCAUUCGCUCAGUAUUUAGCUAGAGAUGAAGCAAUAGCAGCUUACAAAAGUGAAGCUAGCCCUACCAACAAAAUUAAUACACAAAAUAUUAUUCGGUUAUCGAUAAAAACCAAAGAAUCAGAGCCAAAUGAACUAGCGUGGAGCUCUCUACAGGCACAUAUAUCACUACGAACACUGAUUUUAGUUGGAGAAAUAAAGAUCAGCCAAGCCUAUGUGGAGGGUGAUUGGUGUAGUUUGGAAGAAUUGGGGUCUCUUAACAUACAUGGCCUGGAGAAUGUAUCUUCUUCCUCAUUUGCUAUAAAGGCCAGGCUUGGUGUAAAGGUGCACCUCAGCUAUCUGUGCUUACAGUGCACUAGUACACAUGGAGGUGCUCACUGGUUGGUAAAACAGGAAGAGCAGCAACAAAUCGAGAAGGUGUUUGAUGAGCUCUGCCCUCCACCUUGCUUAGAAAAUCUAGAAAUCCUAGGCAAUUGGGUCCCUUGGAAGCUUGAGUAUUCUAAGUUUCUAACGAUGGAUGACUUGCCUUAUUGCACGGAGCUACCUGAUGGCUUGUACCAGCUCCCUAGCUUGGAGUUCCUACAGAUUAAAAACGCCCCAGGCAUCAAGCGUGUUGGCUCAGAGUUCUUACUCCCACACCAUCAUGAUUUGAAAAUUUGGUUGGAUAGGUGUCAUGGCCUCGGGAGGAUCAGCAAUCUGCCAAUAUUGCAGAACCUCGUCAUCAUAAUGUGCCCAGAGGUGAAGGUACUAGAGGGUUUGCCGGCACUUCAGAGACUCGCACUGGAGGACUACGAUGUGGAAACACUCCCUGGAUACUUAAAGGACGUAAACCCAAGGCUUUUGGAUCUGUACUGUGACGUCUCGCUGCUGGCUUGUAUAGCUAAACGGGAAUCUGGCCCUGAGUGGGACAAGUUCAGCCAUAUCAAGCAAGUUAAGGCAUAA